AUGGACAGGACUGAUCAAAACGUUAUUGACGGCUCAGCCUUAGAGCUUAAUCCAACUGAGAGAACGGUAGAGACCGUCCUGCGAGUCGCAUCAAUGGCUCUAAGUAUUGCGAGUCUCGUGAUCAUGUUCAAAAACUCUAUCUCCAAUGACUUUGGCUCUCUUUCUUACUCAACUCUUGGAGCUUUCAAGUAUUUGGUGACUGCUAAUGGACUUUGUGCUACAUAUUCCCUCCUUUCUGCUAUUUUUGUAAUAAUAAUUCAGUGUCCUAUAAGCAAGCUCAGACUCUGGACAUUGUUCUUGCUUGACCAAGUUGUCACGUAUGCGGUUCUAGCGGCUGGGACCGUAUCUGCGGAGAUGUUAUACUUAGCAUAUAAAGGAAACUUAAACAUCACUUGGAGCUCUGCUUGUGAUUAUUAUGGAGUCUUCUGUCACAAGGCACUAGUCUCAGCUAUAUUAACAUUCCUUGUAUGUAUCCUUUAUGUGUCGCUUUCAUUCAUCUCUUCCUAUAGAAUCUUUAGCAGAUAUGAAGCACCUAAGCAGUGA